AUGGCCCCAAAAGAUAUCGAGACCAUCGCCGUCGCCUCGGCCUUACGAAGAGGCGUUGAAGAUACAGCCCUGGCUGAGGCCAUCCGCCUCGAGCACAACUUGUCAUUCUCCCAGGCUAUCAGGCUUUACCCCACAGCAAUCGGGUGGUCUGCCUUUGUGUCCCUAGGGGUCAUCAUGCUUGCGUUUGAUCCGCAACUGCUGGGGAACCUUUACGCCACGCCCCAGUUUCAGCGAGACUUUGGUUACGAGUAUGAGGGUUCCUACAUUAUCAGUGCUGCAUGGCAAACCGGACUUUCUAUGGGCAACCCGAUCGGCCAAGUUAUCGGCGCCUUGUUCGCGGCGUAUCCCAUGGAUUGGCUCGGACGGAAGUUGACCUUCGCCACUUGCGUAGUCUUGACCGCUGGCAUUGUGUCCAUCCAGUUCCUCGCGCGUUCCUUGCCCGUCUUACUGGUCGGCGAGCUACUUGGGGGUCUCGUCCUGGGCAUGUUCGUCGUUAUCGCCCCGGCUUAUGCAUCUGAAGUCUGCCCCACGGCUCUCCGUGGCCACCUAACGUCCUACGUCAACCUGUGCUUCGUCAUGGGCCAGCUUCUGGCUAAUGGCGUCACGGCGGGGACCUCGAAGCUCAAUACGCACUGGGCCUACUCUCUCCCCUUCUCACUACAGUGGCUCUGGAUUCUUGUCAUCUUACCCGGUCUACUCUUUGUGCCAGAGAGUCCCUGGUGGCUGGUCCGUAAGGGCAGGUUGGCCGACGCAGAGACGAGCCUCCGCCGACUGGCCUCCAAGGAUUCAAUGCCGCCGCCUCACUGGCGUUCAUCAUUGAGACCGACAGGCUUGAGCAAGAGCUGGAAGCAGGCAGUUCUCAGCGGCAUUUACCUCAUCAACUACGGCACAUACUUCUUCCAGCAAGCCGGUCUGCCUACCGACAAGGCCUUUGAAAUGGCCAUUGGUUUCCUUGCUGUCGGGUUCCUCGGCACCGUGAUGUCUUGGUACUUCUUGCUUCAUUACGGCAGGCGCACCAUCUACAUCACCGGCCUGGCCGCUCUGAUUGUCUUGCAGCUCCUCAUCGGCGUCCUCGACUGUGUCCCGGGCCGGCCGAAGGGUGUCGCCUGGGCGGAGUCGUCUCUGAUGCUGAUCUGGAACUUUGCCUACGAUCUGUCUGUUGGUCCCAUCUGUUUCGUCCUCAUCUCCGAAGCAUCGGCCACAAGACUCCGGUCAAAGACGAUUGCUCUUGCCACUGCCGCCCAGGGAGUCAUUGGGAUCAUAAUGACUGUCGCCAUACCGUACAUGAUCAACCCGGACGAGGCUAACAUGCAAGGCAAGCUCGGGUUCUUCUUCGGAGGCCUGGCCUGUCUGUGCUUCAUCUGGGCCUGGUUCCGCGUCCCCGAAACCAAGGGGCGCACGUAUGAAGAGCUCGACAUCUUGUUCGAACAGCGGGUUCCGGCGCGCGAUUUUAAAAGCCACAUCAUCGAGAGCAUGACUUGUCCAGGUCAUCGUAGCCCAUUAUAA